ACCUAGCUACAAUAAAAGAGUGAUUUUAAACCCUAUCGCUGACUUAAGUUUACAGAAAAUAUAGAAUGAAUUUCGCGAGGCGCUUUUGCCCCAUCACAUCCAUUGUAAAAAAUUAACUUUCAUAAGUCAAUAGUGGUGUGUGCGAAGUGUGUGGGACUUGUGUAGUCCUGCAGUCGCCCCACACUGCUCGCACCGCCCUGACGUCUCAGAUAGCAUGUGGAGCUCUGUUGUGGAGGACAAUCAGACGGCCAGAGUAGAAUUAUCUCAACAAAAGAGAAAGUGCUCUGUGCCGCACAUUAUCUUAAUGCCGGUGGAGGAAGACGCGUUCAGCCUUUUCCUCUGAAUUGUGCUUGGAUUUACAAUAGGAAACUUGGUCCAGCUAUAGAUUCAACAAUGGACAUAUCCCUCGCAGCUCGGAAAAAGUUUUGAUUAACGUUACCUUGUGCGGACUGUUCACAGAAGUUUACAUUUUGGGUAACGCAACGUUAGCUUGCCCUUUACCUGGAAAUAGCCUAACGUUACUGAGCCUGAUGUGAGGAUUUCAGUCAAGUUUUACAAGGCUAGCACGUUUCGUUUGACUAUCUUGUAUCGCACAUGGGGUGACCCGCUAGAGCUUUCUGGGCCUUUGAAGACGUGCCGCUGGGAGAGACCUCCUCCCGUGUCCUUUCGUCCAUUGUGCCCCCACCCCCACCAACACCACCCUCGCGCUUCACCCAGGCCGGGGUGAAAGCAUGACCACUGGCUCCGAGGCGUCCUUCCAGAACCAGGCCGCGUGUAAAUGACUAGUGCAGGACACGCCAACGUGGUCUGCCACGCCGUCGCCAUGAGGGGCAAGUAUUUGCAGUACUACAACAAGACCCUGAUCCAGGUGCACUACCUGGUGGCCAAGCACAUGAACCAGAGCGAGCUGGAUGAGCGCAUGCGGAAGAAGGACAGCCUCAACUCGCUCAGCAUCUUCUUCGUGGUCAUCUGCAGCAUCAUCAUCCUGGAGAACCUGCUGGUGCUCGUGGCCGUCUUCCGCAACAAGAAGUUUCACUCAGCCAUGUUCUUCUUCAUCGGCAACCUGGCCUUCUCCGACCUGCUGGCCGGCUCGGCGUACAUCGCCAACAUCUGCCUGUCGGGCCCGCGGACAUUCGAGCUGGUGCCCGUGCAGUGGUUCAUCCGCGAGGGCACGGCUUUCAUCGCGCUGGCUGCCUCGGUCUUCAGCCUGUUGGCCAUCGCCAUCGAGCGCUACAUUGCCAUCACCAAGGUCAAGGUGUACGGCUCCAACAAGACGUGCCGCAUGUUCCUGCUCAUCUCCGCCUGCUGGGUCACGUCCAUCCUGCUGGGCGGCCUGCCCAUCAUCGGCUGGAACUGCAUCAACGACCUGGAAGAGUGCUCGGCCGUGCUGCCGCUCAACUCCAAGCGUUACAUCCUCUUUGUGGUGGCCAUCUUCAGCAUCAUCCUGCUCUCCAUCGUCAUCCUCUACGUGCGCAUCUACCUGAUAGUGCGCCACAGCCACCAGGAGACGGCCGCCAACUCGCAGGCGUACUCGCUGCUCAAGACGGUCACCAUCGUGCUGGGCGUCUUCAUCGUCUGCUGGCUGCCUGCCUUCACCGUCCUCUUGCUGGACACGUCCUGCCCCAUGAAAUCGUGCCCCAUCCUGCAGAAGGCUGACAUCUUUUUCGGCUUCGCCACGCUCAACUCGGCGCUCAACCCAGUCAUCUACACACUGCGGAGCAAGGACAUGCGUAAGGAGUUCCUGCGCGUGCUGUGCUGCUGGGGCCUGCUGCGGUCCACUGACCACUGCGUGCCGCUCAAGAGCUCCAGCUCGCUGGACCACUGCACCAACAAACAUGAACACCAGAGCAUGCCCAUCAUGCAGGAGUGCACCACCUGCGUCUGACUCUGCCCUUUCGUGCACCCAAUGAGGCCUGACUUGGGUGUGUGUGUGUUAGUAUGUGUGUUAGAGUGUGUGCGUGUGUGAGUGAGGUGAGAGAGUCAUUUUGUGUGUGUGUGUGUGAAUGUGUGUAAGCAUGAGUCAGUAUAAGAGUUCUAAUCAAGACUGAGGGUUCAUGGAGGAAGGGGAGGGGGGGCUCAAUGAGA